AUGCCCCGCCAGGACAGGUCACGCUCUGCAACGCCGCGGACAAGCACGAGCGCAAGCGUGUCCGCCGCAGCGGGCGGCACGCCCGUGCGCAAGGUGCCCUCGUGUGACUUGUGCAGAGUGCGCAAGGUCAAGUGUGUCAAGGCUGAGGGCGCGGAGCGCUGCGAUGCCUGCGUCGCGUUCAAGCAGCUGUGUGUGUACACGCGCAAGCUUCGCAAACCGGGGCCCACGAGCCGGUACGAGCGCGCGUCGACGCCGCCAGCAGCACCGCAGCACGACAUUGCCGCGGCCGAUCGGGGAGCAACUUCGGCGUCUGGGUCUGGGUCCGCGUCGGCGUCGGCUUCGGCCGCGCCGCUCCUUGGCGGCUUCUUGGAGCCUGCGCCACGGCUCGCCUCUGCGACCGGGCCAGCCGAGUGGGCAGCGGCGCACGCGACGCCCGACGCGCUGGCCCGCUUCGCGCCCACGCCCUCGGCUGACGCGCUGUUCCUCGACUCGGACGUCGACUGGUCGUGGCUGCCCAUCGGGCGCAUAGGCGACGAGCACCCCGAGGGGGACCGAGGCGCGCCGCCGCCUCUGUUCGCGCCGCCUUCGGUUGAGACGGUCCAGACUACGCCUGGCGGGCAGGAGUACCCCGUUCGCGCGCGGAGAGGAAGUAAGACAACGCGCCUCGAAGAAGUCAUGCCCUGGUCCACGGCCAUCCGCAUCCUCCAGGCGUACCACGCCUACCUGUAUCCGCUCAUGCCCAUCAUGCACUGGCCGACGUUCCUCCAGCAGCUCAUGGCCCGCGAGGACGAGCGCAACCUCACCUGGCGCUCGUACCUGUUUGCCCUUUUGGCGUACUCGAUCAUCCAGCUGCCGCGGAGCGCGCUGCCCUUCCUCCCGGUCAGCGAGCUGCGCGUGCUGCACCAGCGGUGCUUCUCCAUCUCGUGCGCGCAGCAGAACCGCCAGCUCAACGAUGCAGGUUCGGUCGACGUCGCGACGCUCUACUGCCACCACAUCUACCUCGCGUCCCGGGAGGACAUGAACGCGGCCAACAUGGUGCUCGCGAGUGCGAUCCGGCUCGCACAAGCGCUGAGCAUGGAUAAUGACAAGGCGAUGGAUGUGGACUGCAUCGAGCGUCAGGUCCGCAGCCGCAUCUGGUGGCUACUGUACGGCUCAGACCGCACCGCUGGCGCACUAAACUAUGCCCCCCUGCAAAUAUCCGAGUGGGACGUGCGCGUGCCGAUGCCGCUCGCGGUCGACGACGAGCUGAUCACGCGCGCGGGGGCCUUCUCGCAGCCGGCGCACACGACGUCCGUGCUGAGCGGGUUCCACUUCGUGACGCGGCUGUUCAGCCUGCUCGGGGCCGUGUUGACAGCCUACCGCACGCUCACGGCGAUCAAGUCGCCCGACGAGCUGACACCCAGCGCGCCGCUGCUCGCGCCGCAGGCGAUGGCGCCGUCCGCCCACUUCCAGGACAUGCUCGAGCACAUCCUCGAGAGCAUGCCCGAGGAGCUGGGCGUGGGCGUGCGCGAGCGCGAUCGGCGCGAGAGCAGGGGCGGAGGCGCGCGGCAGGGCGGCGACGGGCGGGCCGGCUCGGACGCGUUCGCCAUCUGCCGCGCAAACUUGCUGGUCACGCAGGCGCUCGCGCGCGUCGCGAUCCAGCAGUACGCCGUCGCGCGGGGGGAAGACGAGAGCGCGUACGACUCGGUGUCGACGCAGAAACACCUGGUUGACAUGCUCGACUCGAUGUCGGGCGACAGCCUCGCGGCCAACGGCGACUCGAUGCGCAAAAAGGUCCUGUACUUUGUCUCGUGUGGCAUCCUCGACCAGUGCAGGAACAACAACGACGUCGGCACCCCGACGUACGCGUCAGACUUUUUGACAAUGUACAUGCGCCUCAGGGAGGAGCAGCAGACCAACAUCCUGCUCGAGGCGGGCGACCCCGAGAGUGACGAGGCGGAUGGACCCGCCCCCCACCCUGCUGCUCCUCUGUCGCCCAAGUGA